GGUCAGUCACUCGCCGGAUGGUAACUUGAUUGCUUCAGAUGCCGUCCUUUUCCAAAGAAACUGUUAGAUUUGCAAGCAUCUAUUGUGAAAUGGAAGGUUUUCCUCAUUUGUGUUCAUAGGCUUGGUUUAAAAACAGUUGAUGGGCUGGAUGAACAGCUGUUUCGUGGUGUGUUUGGGAUAUUUGCCUAUUAGUGAUGCCUGGAGCUGGAGUUUGAGGGUAGUUCACAGGUCCCACGGGUGCAGGUCGCGUCAUCUCUGGGCUGUUGUUGCACUGCGGCAGAGAUGGCCUGUCCUGCGUUUUCUCCUCCAGUGGAUGGAGAUGUGAGGCGAUCCUGAAACCCCUGCUCUUCCCCAAGGAGAGAGUCUGUGUUUAUCUGCAUCAUUGUCUAGCUGCUGACAAGAAAGGAGCCUGAAUUCCUCUUCUGCUGCUUUUCUGGUUGUCUUGGGAAUGGAUUUCAGUCUCUUUCAGUGUUUGUCUCCUGAUUAAUAAGGUGGCUUCUCAACUGUGUUCCUGGUGCGCACCCCCAGCGGGACCCGCUGUGCCCUGAAGCGAAUGUGUGUCAAUAACGUGCCAGACCUCAACAUCUGCAAGAGAGAAAUCACCAUCAUGAAAGAGUUAUCUGGGCACAAGAAUAUUGUGACCUAUUUGGACUGUGCUGUCAACUCUCUAAGUGAUAACGUGUGGGAGGUGCUCAUCCUCAUGGAAUACUGUCGAGCUGGGCAGGUUGUGAACCAGAUGAACCAGCGUCUGCAGACAGGCUUCACCGAGUCAGAAGUAAUGAGAAUAUUUUGUGACACCUGUGAAGCUGUUGCCCGGUUGCAUCAGUGCAAAACACCUAUAGUUCACCGGGAUCUGAAGGUGGAGAAUCUGUUGUUAAAUGAUAACGGGAAUUACGUUCUCUGUGAUUUUGGCAGUGCCACUAACAAAUACCUGAACCCUCAGAAAGAUGGUGUUAAUAUGGUAGAAGAAGAAAUUAAAAAGUACACUACACUAUCAUACAGAGCUCCUGAGAUGAUCAAUCUGUAUGGAGGAAAGCCAAUUACUACCAAGGCAGAUAUCUGGGCGCUGGGCUGCUUGCUCUAUAAGCUGUGCUUCUUUUCCCUUCCCUUUGGAGAAAGCCAGGUUGCCAUUUGCGAUGGAAGCUUUACUAUCCCGGAUGGCUCGCGAUACUCCCACAGCAUUCACUGCUUGAUAAGAUAUAUGCUUGAACCAGAUCAAGAGCAGAGACCUGAUAUCUUUCAAGUAUCUUACUUUGCCUUUAAAAUUGCCAAAAAGGAGUGUCCGGUGUCUAAUAUUAAUAAUUCUCCUGUCCCUUCAACUCUUCCUGAACCCAUGACAGCUAGUGAGGCAGCUGCUAGAAAAAGCCAAAUAAAAGCAAGAAUAACAGAUGCUGUUGGACCAACAGAAACCUCAAUUGCACCACGACAAAGACCAAAGGCCAAUUCAAGCACUGCCCCUUCCAGCGUGCUGGCGAUCCAGAGCUCAGUAACUCCUGUCAAAGUACAAGUUCCUGGGGAAUUCGCUCAUCGUGGGCAAAAAGGAACCACGCGACCAGGGAAUGGACAAGACAUCUCGCAGUCCCAAGGGACCACUCCACAGCAGCACAGGGUCCUCCAGCAGCUGCAGCAGGGAGACUGGAGACUGCAGCAGCUGCACCACUUGCAGCACCAGCCCGCCAUGCAGGAUGCUUAUAUCCAGCAGUAUCACCAAGCAGUGCACCAGCAGAUGGUCCAGCAGCAGCUGUUGCUGCAAUCUGUGUACCAGCAGCAGCCUGCCCAGUCACAGUAUCCUGCCAUGGUGCAGCAGUACCAGCAGGCUCUCCUGCAGCAGCAGAUGCUGGCUCAGCAGCGGGCACAGCAGGCACAGUCCCCUGAAUAUAUCACUUCUCCACAAGACUUUGCACCAGCCUUAAUCUCCUACCCCAGGUCUCUCCCAGUGCAUGGCGGAACAGUGACAGAUCCUCCCUACCCUGCAAACAGGUCAGGUAUUCCAGAUGCUGAAGCGAUUGCCAGUUACCCAAAGCAGAACAUCAGUAACCCACCUGAUAUGUCAGGUUGGAACCCGUUUGGAGAGGACAAUUUUUCCAAGUUGACAGAGGAGGAGCUGCUGGACAGAGAGUUUGACCUGCUAAGAUCAAACAGGCUGGUGGACAGGAGAGCAUCUUCAGAUAAGAAUGUGGAGCCACAUGCUGCUCCACAGACAAGUCCUCCUGAAGAUCCCUUUGGUUCUGUUCCUUUCCUUUCUCAGCAAGGUUCCCCUGGAAAACAAGUGGAUAACUCAGCCAGCAAUCAAGGAAAUAACGUAGGGACCCCAACCAAGGCUGGAAAACUGAGCCAUGCAUUUAGAGAUCCGCGGGCAGGGAGGAAAAGUGCAGAGGGACACGUGACAAAAGGUGGUGAGGAGUCAGAGAGUGAUUUUGAAUCUGAUCCUCCUUCUCCCAAGAGCAGUGAGGAAGAAGAAGAACAGGAGGAUGAAGAAGUCUUGCAUGGAGAGAAUGGGGACUUCAAUGAUGACAAUGACACAGAACCAGAGAAUUUAGGCCACCGACCUCUUCUCAUGGAUUCUGAGGAGGAGGUGGAAGAAGAGGAGGAAGAAAAGCAGAGCUCCGAUUCCGAUUGUGACCGAAGCAAGCAAAAAUGCGUGGAAGGGCUCCUGAGCGCUCGCUUCAGAGACGGUGUGGGCAGCGGUGAAAGCACAGAGCCCAGUUCAGUGCCCAUGUCCCCGCCUGAGGUGCCAAGCGCUCUGAACAACUCUGGCCAAGAAUUUGACGUGUUUGGAGCUGUGCCCUUUUUCACUCUGCAGCCUCAGGCAAGAGGCAGGACGGACAGACCUGUUUCAUCUCAGGCGCCUUUUCCCAGCCCAAGCCAAGAGCAGGAUGACUUCGAUGUUUUCAUAAAAGCUCCUUUCAGCAAAAAAGUGCCCCAGCAAGGUGGGCAGGGGUCAGGGAUGGAGCCUCUACUCUCCCCCAGCUCUCCGCAGGGAGUGGAUAUCUUCGGCUGCACCCCAUUUCAGCCGUCCCUUCUCCCCAAGUGUGCUGGGAGUAGAGAGGACCUGUUUGGCUUGGUUCCGUUUGAGGAGAUCACGGGGAGCCAGCAGCAGCAGAAGGUGAAGCAGCAGCGGAACCUGCAGAAACUGUCGUCCCGCCAGAGGCGCAUGAAGCAGGAGGUGCCCAAGAACAACGGGAAGCGCCACCACGGCACCCCCACCACCACAAAGAAGGGGCUGAAACCCAGCUACCGCACCCCGGAGCGCGCCCGCCGGCACAGGAAGGCCGGCCGCAGGGACUCGCAGAGCAGCAACGAGUUCCUGACCAUCUCGGACUCCAAGGAGAACAUCAGCGUGGCCUUGACCGACAGCAAGGAUCGAGCCAACCCUCUGCAGACGGAUGAGACUCUGCUGGAUCCGUUUGGAGCCAAACCCUUCCACCCGCCGGAGCUGAUGCGCCAUGGCCAGCACCAGGGCUUUGGGGACAGCCGCGGGGACCACGGCACCGUGGUGGUGCCUGGCAGGCCGAGACAGAGCUCCUUGCAUGGGGCCGUUCUCGGGGGGGACGGGCUGAAAACAGAUGACUUUGGUGCGGUGCCCUUCACAGAGCUGGUGGUGCAGAGCACGCAGAGCCAACCGCAGCAGGCGCUGGAGUUAGAUCCCUUUGGAGCAGCUCCGUUCCCUUCUAAACAGUAGAGGCUGCCAGUGGGUUCUCCCCGCUCCACCUCUCCAAGUCCCUUAAUAAAGGUUUAGUGGAGUAAUUUAUGUGGUUAAAAUGCCAGGGGCCUGGGUUGUACAGCUUGUUCAGGUUGAGGAGGCAGUGGCCUGCAUGUGUGGUGGAAUUGCAGAUAAUGGCUAGUUCUGAUUUGGGUCUUUUUGAGAAAAAAAUCAGGAAUGUUGCUUCCUUGUGGCAGAUGGCUCCUGGAAUGAAACGAGGAGCUGGAUGUGAAUCCUUGUCACUGACUUGGGGCCCUGGGACAUACUGUCCUUGUGCACUUUGGUGUUGCCUUUCCAUCCCUCUGCCCUGUGCCCCGGUGGAGCGGAAGAGGCAGGGAGCACAUGGAAAAUGUUUUCCAUAUGUACAGGGGGCUAAUGAACUGCGGUGCUUCUUCGUGUCUCAGCAGACCUAAGAACCGAGACAUACUGAUAAGCAGAUCAUGUGCUGGAAAUAGCCAAGUCUUUGCUUCCUAGGUGAAAACUACCUUUAUUAAUCAUAAAAAUAAAGCAGCCACAUCCUCAAAGGGCUGUGGCCCAGAAUUCCAGAGCACAGCUAUGGCUUGGGACCUUGCAGACAUCUAUGCAGCUGCAGAGAUCAAAGGCAGACUAUUUCUUUGUGUGCCUAAAUGGUCAAUUUUUCAUUUUUUUUUUUUUUAAUAGUAAGUGCCAUUAAUGAAAAAUAGCAAACUGGUAAUGUAGAGUCAAAACUAAAGAAACAGAUAAUUUACUGAUCUGUGAGAAGCCUGAAUGUGUAGGGGAGUGAGCCAGCAGGGACAUGGCUGGGAUUGUAGCACUUGGGAGACUCCUCAGCACACUGGAAGAGGGGCUGUCCUCGGGCACAUACAGAGUGUUUCAGAUGACUUGCAGACUUGACUGUGAGGUACAACCAUUGGAGUGAUUUGAUUACAAAUUGGGAUUUGUGUCUUUUCCUCUUGGAUUUCUACUGCGAAGAAAACGUGUAUUCUCUCAAACCUGUUGGUUUUUUAGCACAGCAGUUUUAUGAAAUGACUGUAACCUAAUGUUCUCUUAGGGUUUGCUAAAUGCACUGGGCUUUGGAGAUGUUUCCUGCCCCGGCUGUGUUCCAGCAGGAGCUGCUGGCUGCAGGGCCGCCGAGCUGCCUUUCACCCCACGGAGCCUUCUGGGCAGGACCCCUGUCCUGCUGCCCAACACCUCGGAGGCCGAGGAGCUCCGGGAGGUGCCUGGGCUGACAGGAGGAGGUGUGAAUGCUGCCGAGCACAGGGUUUGCUACCUGUGGUACAGCAGGUGGUGCUGAGUGGAGGUGGGACAGCUUUGCUGCCUCGCAGCUUGUCCCGAGCCACAGCCAGCGUCUACAGGGACGGCGCUCCUCAGCCCAGCCUCACGGGGACACGGGAGGACGCGGCUCCUCGGUUUGGCUCGCCUUUCUGUCCUGCUCCACUGGAGGCUCAGGAGUAGGUAGCUGGGUGUUUGCACAUGGAGGACAUCACUGUUUGUGGCCGGGUGUCCUGAUGUCCCCCCUGUCACAGGUGAAGUGAAAUAGGCAGGGUUGUGAGCUUUUUCCCCAGACUGCUGGAUGUACAGGAGAUCUGUGAUCCUGACAUCUCUGAGGGGGGUGGAUUUGGUCCCUUACAAUAUACACUGAAAACACAUUGAAAAUGAAUUGUGGACCCCUUUGGGAUCACCUUGAUAAAAUUCCCCCUAGGACAAAUGUGAGAUCGCUUCCCCUAGGCUGGAAUCUGAACAUAGCUCACAGUGAUGGGGUAUAGAUAGCUGCUGCCUUCAUCUUCCUCGGUUUCAUUUCUCACAGGGUCUAAGUGGAAUAUUGCAGCUAUGCCUGCUUCAGCGUGCCUUUUCCAGGCUUAGAAGUUAAGCCUUUAGGAGACUGAGUAGCAGCAUUUCAACACAGGACUUUCCAGGCUUUAUUACUGCUCUUCUCACCUGUUUGGUGCCAAAGGCUGCAAGAAGCACACGCCAACUUUUGUAGCAUUUCUGACACUCAGGUUAACAGUCAUUUUCCUUUUUUUCUUUUUUUAUUUUUCCCUCUGUGCAUGCUUAUGGAGCUGCCUUUCCCAGCAUCCUUCAGAGCUGUUACCUGCGUGAAGAGCUCUUGGAACACAGUGAGAUGACAAAUGGGGCAGUGGGGUGGACACAACAUGAGAUUAACACUGUGGUCCUAAAUGUGGCUGGUCCUCACCAAAGCCAUGCUGUUGCUGCCCUCCCAGUGGGAAAGCAAGGGUAAGGGUUAACCAUGCCCAUGGUGCUGGGGCUUGGCUCCAGGGCCUGGAGGAGAGGUGGGGGCUGUUGGACAUACAGGGAGGAGGCUGGGCAUCAGCAGACCCAGUGUGGCAGAAGUGAUCAGGUAAAUUAAAAAUGGGUAAGGUGUUCACGUGUUGUUGGUUUACCCUGAGACUCCAGGCAGAGGAGGGCUGCGGGGGGCUUUGGCAGAGGGUCUGGGAGUAGUUGUAUUUUGCAGCACAGCGAAGCUCAAGGAGAGAGGUAAGGCAAACUGCAGACCCCAGUGACUCCAGAGCUGGCAGGAGUUAUGAUAUUUGCCUCCUAAUGGCCUUAACAAACCUGGUUCUUUGUACGCCAGAUACCAAGCAGGUUUUUGCUUAAAUGUAACUUUUUUGUCUUUAGUUAUUUCAUUUUUUUCAUGGUCCAUGUGAGAUUGGUGCACCCCGCUAAGCUGACUUUUCCUGGUGUAUGUAGUAGUGCACAGCUGAACCCAAGUUUUGGGUUACCCACUGUCCACUAUUGAAAGGAGGUGAAAUGUGUGUCUGUCAGGGCAUGGGAUCUCCUUUGCCUUUUUUCAGGAGGUGUGGAGUGCAACGUGACCUUACUUGAAAUUAGGAAAGCCCUUGCUGCAGUAGACAUGUACGUGCUGCCUGUGGUAGCAAGAGGGCAGGGUAAGGGGUUGACACUUCCCUUGCAGACAGAAAUCCCAAUGGAUUUUUACAGCUUCUCCUUGAGCAUGCUGAGGGACUGAAGCACAGACCUUCUAGGAUCAGCUGCUGGAGAGAGCGUCUGUCCCAAGGUACUAAGAAGCCCUUAAGGGUUGUGGUCACAGAAAGAAGAACCAGUUUGUUGUGUUUGUCUGUGGACUCAAAAGGCCCUGAGGUGUGUAAUUAAUAUAAUUAAUGCUUUGGUUGCCCUGUGUGUGGCAGGGGGCUCUGUGAGCACCAGCAUUGGAGGAAAAAGCUUAUAAUCAUUCUGGGUGUCCCAGUGAGUAAAACCGAGUACUGUGAAAAUAAGUUGAUAUAUUUGCUACUGUGAGAAUAAGAGUUUAUCUGGAGUUUUUUAUACUAUAUCGUGUAUUUUUAUAUAUAAGAAGUAUAUAUAAAAUAUACACAUGCUCGCACACAUCACAUACCCCUUGGAGUUGCUGUGGUUUUGGAAACCCAGCAGCCACAAUCAUGUUUGUGACUUGAGUGAAUAUGAGUUAAGCAUCAAGGGUGGCUGCUGUACGUUCCACAGUGCUUAUCUUGAAAGGAAGUCAAGGAGAUUGUGUGUAUGGCUAAAGUUACGACUGAGGCAUCACCUAGUAUUAAAGAGCAUAAAAACUAUUUUAAAAUUGCUGGCAUUCAGCUUUUAAGUGCACUUGCCUGAACUACACUUCCAUUUCUUCUUAGACUUGGAGUUUCUAAAGCUUUUUUGUGUACUACUAAAGCGAGAACUUUUAACUUUUUUUGUGAAGCUGAUGUGUAUCAUAAAAUCCUUGGAGUUAUCAAAUAAACAAACCUGGUAACAGUG